AUGAGCAACUCGUCGACUGUGGUCGACAGUGCUUGGCAAGCUGCUCCUUGUGAGGUGGCUCCGCUGCAGACGGCCUGGGGUCGGGUUAAGGCUCUCCUUCACUCACGCCUGGCGGAGGCGGAGCGACGUGCCGGGGCGGCUGAAGCGAGGGCGAGGGAGGCGCAGGAAUUGAUUGCCGCUGCAGAGGCUCGCACAGCAGAGGCAGUGGCUGCGGCAGCGACGCUCAAGAUCGCCUUGCUGGAUUCACAUGCAGCGGUGCAGGCUGCGCAGGCCGACGCUGCGUCAGCCUGGGCCACCGCUGCUGAUCGCAAGCAGGUGUGUGCCGAGAUGGAGGCCCUGCUGGCAGAGACGGUGCAGGAUCGCCGCGAGUUGGAGCUGUCGCAGGUGCUGGUGGCUGCAGGGGACUCGUCCGAGUCAAUGCCAUCCGAGUCAGAGCCGCCACGCCGCCUGCCGCCGCCGACGCAGGCCGUUUCGCCGCCGCAGCCAGAUUCGGUCCCGGUCUCGCUCACCGAGUCGGAGGCCAGCUCGCGGUCUGACGAUGACGACGCCGAGGAGGACAGGAGCGAGUUGGCCGGCACCGACCUGAUGUUGUUUGAGGAUCGAGUUGCGCUUCGGAUCGGCGAUCUGGCCGAGAGCGUCCGCGCUCGGGCCCAGGACCAGGGCAAGGCGCUCGAGGCGCUGAGGACCACGAUGGAGCUCCGCGGUUACAUGGGUCAACCCGACGCUGCCGGCCGAGUUGUGGCUCUGAAUGCCGCGCUCCAGGCGGUGUCGGAGGAAGCUGCGCACCUGCGUCGCCGGGCUGUGGCUGCCGAGGUGGCCCUGGUGGCGGCGGCGGUGCCGACCAAAGACGCGCUGCUGGACGCGUUGGGUGAGGCUCAGCGGCUGCGGACUGAGCUUGCCCAUGCGCGUGCCGAGCGGGAUGCUGUUUUUGACAUGCAUGACGCCGUGGUGGAAGCACUGUUGCUCCCUGCGGAUGCCAAACUCGACUCGGCCCGGGCGCGGAUUGAGGCCCUGGGCACCAUGCUAGCAGCCAAGAGCGACGAGGCUGCUCGCGACCGCGCCGGUUUCCAGAUUGCGCUGGCAUGGCGAAAGCGCGCAAACGCCAAACUCCGUGCGCAGUUGCGCGAGCUGCAACUAUCGCAGCCAAGCUCGAUCCAGGAGACCGACGACGAGAGCAUCGAGCGUCUCCGAAUCCGGUUGGCAGGCGCCGAAGCCGCAUGUCUGCACAGUUCACGAGUGGCGGCUGCCACCAAAGAUUCGCUCAUCGCCGCACUUGGGCGAGUCCAGGAACUCGAGCACAAGGUAGCGGCUGCAACCGCCGCACGCAACGCGGCCGAUGCUGAGCGCGAGGGCCUCGUUGAAGCCGUACUCCUCCCUACCGAUGCCAAGCUCGACUCGGCGAGGGCGCGGAUCGAGGCUCUGGGCACCAUGCUGGCGGCCACGAGUGACGACGCCGCCCGUGACCGUGCCGGUUUCAAGAUUGCUCUGGCCUGGCAAAGGCGGACUAUUGCCAAACUACGGAGCGAGAGCGGGUCGUCCACCAAAGGCUGCGACCGCAUGUCGGCUAUCAAAGGCGCGCUCAUCGCCGCACUUGCGCGGGUCCAGGAACUCGAACACAAGGUAGCGGCUGCAACCGCCGCACGCAACGCGGCCGAUGCUGAGCGUGAGGGCCUGGUUGAAGCCGUACUCCUCCCUACCGACGCCAAGCUCGACUCGGCGAGGGCGCGGAUCGAGGCUCUGGGCACCAUGCUGGCGACCAGAAGUGAUGCUGCCGCCCGUGACCGUGCCGGCUUUCAGAUAGCACUGGCGUGGCGGCGCCGGGUAGUGGCCAAGCACCGAGCGUACAUUGCACAGCUGGAGAGCGAGAACGCCAGCUUGGUCAAGGCACUCGAGGAAGCUCGGGCGGGUGGCCGCAAGGUGGCUAGUCGGCUGGACGAGUCCAAGCGAACUAUUGCCGGGCAGCGGAUCGCCAUGGCAUGGAUGCGGAAACGUCUAGCACGGCACCAGGUACCUCAGACGUCUGCGCUGCAGUAGAACUAAUGCAGGAGCAGAGACAAAUGGUUUACACGCCAAAGUCGUCACCGAGGUCAAAGGCAGA